GAAUGUUAGAAUCCUUGACUUUGAUGGCAACAGAUUGGGCAGGCCUGGUGUUGAUUGCUACUGCCAACAUGAAAGUGGUGCUGCAGUUCUGCAGCUCCAGUUCUUAAUCAAUGAGGGUGCUUUGGUCAGUGCAAGUGCAGAUGAUGCACUUCAUUUGUGGAAUCUCCGACAGAAACGACCAGCUAUCCUACAUUCUCUGAAAUUUAACAGAGAAAGGAUUACUUACUGCCAUCUGCCUUUCCAGAGUAAAUGGCUUUAUGUUGGAACAGAGAGGGGAAAUACACACAUUGUAAAUAUUGAGUCCUUCAUUCUUUCUGGCUAUGUUAUCAUGUGGAACAAGGCAAUAGAGCUAUCCACAAAGACUCACCCUGGGCCAGUUGUACAUUUAAGUGACAGCCCAAGAGAUGAGGGAAAACUAUUGAUAGGCUAUGAAAAUGGGACUGUAGUACUCUGGGACUUACGAUCUAAAAGAGCUGAUUUGAGAGCUUAUUAUGAUGAGGCUAUUCAUUCUGUUGCUUGGCAUCAUGAAGGGAAACAGUUCAUGUGCAGUCACUCUGAUGGCAGCUUGACCCUAUGGAAUCUGAAAAGUCCUAACAGACCAUUCCAGACGACAAUUCCACAUGGAAAAAUUCAGAGAGAUGGAAAAAAACCUGAAUCUUGUAAACCUAUUCUUAAAGUAGAGUACAAGACCUGUAAAAACAGUGAACCAUUUGUGAUAUUUUCUGGUGGAUUGUCAUAUGAUAAGGCUUGUCGAAGACCAAGUUUAACAAUCAUGCAUGGGAAAGCAAUUACAGUUCUUGAAAUGGAUCACCCUAUAGUUGAUUUUUUAACUCUUUGUGAAACCCCAUAUCCAAAUGAAUUUCAAGAACCCUAUGCUGUAGUUGUGCUUUUGGAAAAAGAUCUCAUUGUUGUUGACCUGACACAAAGCAAUUUUCCAAUCUUUGAAAAUCCAUAUCCUAUUGACAUUCAUGAGUCACCUGUUACCUGCACAGAAUAUUUUGCGGACUGUCCUCCAGAUUUGAUUCCUGUACUCUAUUCUGUAGGAGCAAAACAUAAAAAACAAGGAUACAGCAAUAAGGAGUGGCCUAUCAGUGGUGGAGCAUGGAACCUUGGAGCUCAGACAUAUCCCGAAAUCAUUAUUACAGGCCAUGCAGAUGGAUCAGUAAAGUUUUGGGAUGCUUCUGCCAUUACUCUACAGAUGUUGUACAAAUUAAAAACAUCCAAGGUCUUUGAAAAACAGAAACUGGGAGAAGGGAAAGCAACAGCUGAGAUUGUGGAAGAAGAUCCUUUUGCUGUUCAGAUGAUGUACUGGUGUCCUGAAAGCCGGAUUUUCUGUGUGGCAGGAGUUUCUGCAUAUGUUGUUGUUUACAGGUUCAGCAAACAUGAAGUAAAUACUGAAAUUGCAUCAUUAGAGGUACGACUUCAGUAUGAAGUAGAAGAUAUCAUUACUCCUGAACCAGAAAUAAUUCCUCCAUUUCCAGAUGCCUCCUCCCAGCUUCCUUCUUUAAAGAGCCUUUCAGGCAGUACCAACACUGUAGCAUGUGAAGGAACAAUGAAGGAUAGUAUUCCAUGUCUUAGGUAAGUUUCUGCCAUUGU